UUGACACGUCCGCCAUUAAACGGAAGUCCGCGUCGGAUCUCGCUUCGGAUUGACGACAAAAUAAACAGAGUGAAGCUGAAGCGGUAAACAUGCGUCGGUCAUCGCUGAGCUGAAGCGGGUUUGAGCUGAGAUGGAGUGCUAAAGCUCUCUCAGUGCGGCGGCGGCAUGGAGGAGAUGCAGGGGGUCGAGGAUGAUAAUCAUAACUGUCGCGCGGAGGCUGUGAGUGUGUGUUCACCUGCGCAGGUGUGUGUGGACUCAGACUCCAGCAGUGACACCUGCGAGUCCACCUCUGCGCUGCUGCUCGACUCCACCUCCAAGUUCCUCUUGAACACAAUGACAGCAGAAGAAUACAGGACGGUUUACUGGCCAAAACUAGAGCGAGCCAUUGAGCAUCUGCUCACUCAAAGCCCGAUGGAGCACAUCUCCAUCUCAUACGAACAGAUCUACAGUCACGUUUAUAAGUGUGUGUGCCAGCAGCACUCCGAGCUGCUCUACAGUGACCUGAUGUGGAAGAUCACGUCUCAUCUAGAGCAAGUGUCUUCUGAGCUACAGGCCAGCCCUCCAGAAGAUUUAAUAGAAAACUUUAACGUGGCUCUGACGCGGUACACAGCCUCUCUGCACUGCAUCGUUCCCGUCUUCAUCUAUAUGAACAAGUUCUACAUUGAGACGAAGCUGAACCGCGAUCUGCGUGACGAUCUCAUGAAGCUCUUCUCCGAUCACGUCGCAGAGAAACACGUCAGCACACUACUGCCUCUUCUUAAAAACGCUCAUUCCAUGCCGUUUCAAGUCAAACCAUCAACUAUGGCGAGUGUUGUGAAAGGUCUUUAUGCCCUCCGGCCAGACUGGGUUCCUCUUGCUCCGGCUCUGUUCUCUAGAUUCAUUCCUCAGAUCGAUCCUCCUGCUCUCGAAUCUCAGCUCCCGUAUUACGCGGCUCAAGAUAAAACACUGCAGAUGGAGCUUUCUCAGAACGGCUUCUCCAGGGGCGAUCAGUCGCGGAAGCGAGCGAGUGAAGAAUCGUGACAGCGAAGUGGAUUUAUACACGACUUCGGUGACACGCCUGUGAUUACGAUUACACUCGCCGACAAGCUGCUGCAAUUUAAGCCUUCGUAAUUCAUCGAAAAUCACUUCACAGCAGACUUGAUCUUAUACAGAGAUGCUUCAUCUCUUCAUGCAGUCCUUUGGGAAUUCUCGGUUAUUUGGAGGGUUCACAAAAGCAUUACACAACUACACAAACAUGAGCAUCGUCUCUACGGUCUUUGUGGGAUUGCCUCUUUUCUCUUGCUGUGAUUAGCUUCACAGUAUUCAUCAUAUUUCCAGGUUGAUGUUUUGAAGCGGGCUGUUGUUUUCUCUUUCUCCUCAUUUUUCCUUGCUUUGUCGUUCAGAGAAAUCAUCCGGUUUGCUGUGAUUUCAGAAAAGAUGGUAACGUGAUGAAUGAAGGUAUUCAAAAUCCAGAUUCUUAUUCUUGAAUUGUUUUUAUUUUAGGAUCACUACUGUAGUUUUAAACAGUUUUAGUUGAUGCGUGAUGACCAUUUUACCUAAUAAUAACGUGCCUUUGGCUGUUCGCCGUCUUUUUCCUUUUUAAGUGAAAUGUAAAAUGCAAGUCAAUCAUUUAUUAUGACAGCUGUUGAUUUUUUGUCAAAAAAUUGAAUCUGGAACCACAACAGUUUGUGAAAAACAGCACAGAUAAAGGACAUCUGGUGUGAUAUAAAGGGCUGCUAAUAAUUUAUCUGGAAUAAACUCAUGACACUGAAACAAGA